AUGGCGCGCGACAGUGGCAAAACCCCUCUGGGAGAGUCUGACUAUAAGAAAAUGGGCAUGGGGGAUGCAAACUUGUUCAUCGUCUACCCAGCUUUCCAAACAGUGUUUGCGCUGCCUGGUAUCAUCGGGGCGUACUAUUCCCUAUUCGUGGCGAAAUCAGACGCCCCAGUUGCCAAGGUGUCUAACAUUGCUGCCGCGAAUGCUGGACCAAUGUACCUUGCGUGGGUGUUCCUGAAGUAUGCAACAACUUCGAUUGGCGCCAAUCUUGGUACUGCUCGCCGCGCUACUGGGGUGAACGUUCCAGACCAGCAUGUCUACAAAGUCGUGGGUGGUGUUGCCGAUGGUGCUCCAGUCCUCAUGGACGACAGUCAUGAACUCUAUGGCCAAUUCAACCGAGCGCAGAGAGCCUUGCAGAACUUUAACGAGACCUUGCCGUUCUUUGUCGGUGAAUUUUUCCUUGCGGGUUACGUCUUCCCGCUGGCCACUAGCAUUUGCACAGCGUUCGCCGCAACAUUCAAAUUGAAGGGCGCGCUUGACUACACUGAGGAGAGGAACAAGAGAAUGAGCGGCAACAUGACAGCCAAUCUCUUUGGUGGAGGUCUCGCAGGAAUCAUCAUGGUUGUUGGAGUUCGGUCCACAUACCUGCAGUUCAAGCGGUGA